AUGGAGACGAUCGAGCCAGAUUAUCUAGUUUGUGGCGCUGGCGCCAUGGGAAUGGCUUUCGUCGACACGCUCGUUAGCGACACAACGGCCACCAUAGCUAUCGUCGACCGAUAUGCCCAACCAGGAGGACACUGGACAAGAGCUUAUCCUUUCGUUCACUUGCACCACAGUUCGGUCUUCUAUGGUGUCAACUCCAGAAUUCUGGGUGAUCAAAAGACUGAUGUGGUGGGAUGGAACAAGGGAAACUCGACGAUGGCGCCCGGGCUUGAAGUUCGUGCGUAUUACACCAACGUGAUGCACAGUACGUUUCUGCCCUCGGGCCGAGUGACCUACUAUCCAAUGCACGAGUAUACUGGAAAUGGCGAAUUCAGAUCUCUGCUCACGAGCAAGACUUAUCACGUUGGCGAGAAGACGAAGAUCGUCGAUGCAACUUACAUGAACGUCGAAGUCCCGUCAAUGCGACCGCCGCCUUAUAAAAUUUCGAAUGAAGUCGAAGUUAUCGCGCCCAACAAUCUGCCCGACAUCCAGCGACCUUAUGCGGGCUACACUGUAGUCGGCUCUGGCAAAACCUCCAUAGAUAGCUGCUUGUGGCUGUUAGCUAAUGGCAUCGACCCUGCGCACAUCACUUGGAUUCGACCUCGUGAUAUGUGGUGUUUCGAUCGGGCAAUUAUGCAGCCCCCAGAUCGGUUCAGAGACCAAAACGUGGCUGCAUCGAUGGCGACUGGUGAGGCAAUCAUGUCCGCUACUUCCAUUGACGACAUGUGGUUGCGUCUCGAAAAGGCGGGGGUGAUGCUCCGUGUCGAUGAACAUGCCAAACCAACCAUGUGGAGAUGCGCCACCAUCAGUGUACUCGAGCUCGAGCAACUGAAAAGGAUCAAGAACGUUGUUCGAAAGGGCAGGCUCCGUGGCGUGAGCAACGACCAGGUUACUCUUGAGAGUGGCUCAUACACGCCAGUGGCAGAUUCGAUUUACAUUGAUUGCAGUGCCAACUCGAUUCCGAAGCAGCCAAGCGUCCCAAUCUUCAACGGCAGACACAUUACUCUGCAGCCUGUCCGCGCAUGCCAGCAAGUCUUCAGCGCUGCCGUAAUUGCGCAUAUCGAGGCUACUUACGAUGAUGAGAAGUUCAAGAACGACCUCACUACACCUAUACCUCAUCCGGAGCACCCUGAUGAAUACCCUGGCCAACGAUUACAGACAUUGCGCAACGAGAUCGGCUGGAGGACGCAACCCAAGACCGCCGCGUUCGUGGCGAACUCUCGCCUCGAUGUGGUGGGCGCCAUGAAUCCAUUGCCGCCCAGCGAUCCACGGGAGCGUGAGAAGUUUCAGGCAGUUGUUGCCGCGGCCUUUGCUGCGCAGAUGGAAAAGCUGGAGAUGCUGGCGAGGUCAGACUCUGACAGAGAACAUUCGAUCGGACAGAAGAGUGAGAUGGCGGAGGCACGUUUGUAG